CGAGCCACUGUAUGGUUGCCUUAUUCGUCUGGCCGUCGGACUGCUGAGGCAACAUGCAUUCCACCCUACAGCGCUUGAAUCAUAUCAGCUCGACAGCCACAACCUAUGUGCUCAUACUCCUUUCCCUCAUUUCCAUUACAUCCUACCUCACACUGCCUCCUGUCGCUCCUGGCAAGCUAGAGAUCAGGGAUUUGAUAGUGCAGAGAGGCCGUCUGAGACGUUGGGGAGCAAAGGAGGAGGACUUGGCGUCGCUCAGAUUCGACCUGAAGACCGACCUCGAGCCGCUGUUGAAUUCCUAUAACACGAAACAAUUAUUCCUCUAUCUGACCGCGUCGUAUACCGACAGUCUGGAUGCUCAGGAUCAUGAAGUAGUCUUGUGGGAUCGCAUCAUCACUCGCGGAGAUAUUCGUGAUCUGCGAUCCGUGAACAAGUCCAAGAGCUCAAAGUCAAAGUCAACCAAAAGCAAACGAAGCAGAGCUGGAAGAGGACGGGUCUGGGUCGAGGAGGGGAAGAACAAGUACACAUGGAAGAUGCCUUCUGGAUCGUUCAAAGGCGUACAAAACGCAAAUUUGACUGUCUAUUAUUCUCUUAUGCCGUACGUCGGAUUGCUGAGUUCUGGGGUAGCUGCGACUGCUACUAGCGCCAUACAUGUUCCAAAUGUGGCCUAGAAAGAUGGCAAAUGCAGAGAGUAUUUUCAUCAACCAGAUUGGCGGGACAAAUGUGGCCUGCCACGCUGAGCCCAGAAAUGGUGGUGGUAUUGAAGAUUUACAGCUCAGUUAUAUUCAAGUAUCGAUCAGCAGCUUGUCGUAUCAUGGUCCUGGCCACCUCGGCCACUCUGCAGACCGGGGACCAAGCCAAAGCAACUGUGGUCUGUGGAACAUGAUGGUAUGGCCAUCAGGAUGUUUGGAUACCAUGAAUUAUGCUGUACAGAGGCUAAUACGGAAAUCAACUGAUAAUGAAAU